AGGAAGUUGCGCGUAGUUACUUGCGCAUCAAUAGCGGCAUCAUGGCUUCGACCGUGGAAGUUGUGGAAGAUAAAGAGAAAGAAGCCACCCCCGCAAUUGAUAGAGAAAAGACAUGUCCACUUUUAUUACGGGUAUUUUGUAGUACGGGUCGGCACAACCCUGUCAGUGAAUACAGCAGAGGAAACACUCCGUCAAAUGAGUUGCAGAUUUACACUUGGAUGGAUGCCACUCUCAAGGAGUUAACCAACUUGGUGAAAGAAGUCAACCCAGAUGCAAGAAGGAAAGGCACAUUCUUUGACUUCGCGGUUGUCUAUCCAGAUCCAAGAAGUCCGGUGUACAGGACCAGAGAAAUUGGAAGCACAUGUGCUGGGAGAAAGGGAGCUGAUGACCACUUGACUUUGGCUUCUAAAAGAUUUCAGAUUGGAGACUAUGUAGACAUUGCGGUGACACCCCCAGGGGCCAGGGGGGGACCACCCAUUAGAAGAGGGAGGCCCUACUAGGAAAGCCUUUUUUUAUGAGUGGCACCUAUUUUCUAGAUGAACUUGGAUUUUAACUUCAAGGAAAUUUCAGUGUAUAUUUCAAGUUGUUUCCACUACUGAGUGCAUCUUCUUAUCUGAGAAAAUUUUCCAUUUAAUACAAGUUAUUAGUUGUGAAAUGUUGAUCAGAUGAUUUAAACCAGAUGUUUCUGGGUUGUAGUGCAUUUAGUAAACAGUAGUGCAAACAUUCAGUUUUUAAUAGUGCAUCAAAUAAACACUUUCUUAAGAGAAAUAAUUCAAAGAAAUUGGCACAAGACUUAAAAGUUAAAUAAAAAAAGUUUUAUAGAGAAAAUGUG